GACCUUUCCAGGUAUUGUCCGGUACGACCGGUCGACAUUUUAAGGCACUACUGGUCAGUUCGUCUGUGUGAUGGUGAUCUACGAUUGCACUGAUUUGUCCGUGUGAUAGUUUUCUGUUAACAAGUGUAAACUGUAAGGUAACUUACUACAGCCCGUGUGCAUUCUUUAACGGCACCAGUGUAUACUCGUGUUCCUUAAAGGUGUCUAGACACACCUGUCUACACACACCAUCGAUCCUGUUAAAAACAUUCAAUAUAUAUGUGUGUGGACCCCUACCGGGAAGUCGAGACUUUUAACUUUGGAGUGAUUACCUUGAUACGAAUAAUUAUGUUACAUAGCAAAGAAGGAACUGAGUAUGAACUUAUACAAUGACGUGACAGGAGGGUCAAAGUGUUAAUGGUUUACUGGACGAUGGUCAUUUACAACACAAAGUUGUCAUUUUGAAUGGUCAGUCGGACGGAUAUAGGCAAGGAUAUCAACCAUGAGCAAAAAGAAGUACAACCUUGCUGGCAUGGCCGAUACGAGCUCCUUGAGGAGUGUAUCGAACGGCACAUCCGGUACAUCAGAUGUAUCCGAAAGUAAGGAAAAUAUCGUCUUAAACACGUUUAAAGGCAGGAUAGAAGAUAUCAUCAAACCGGACCAUGACGAUUAUUACCUGCGCAAAUGGCUGAAAGCUCGCUGUUUCGAUGUCGACAAGGCAGAAGCAAUGUACAGGACGAGUAUGGCGUUCCGGGAUAGGAUGAAUGUUGACCGUAUUCUACAGGACUACGAUCCACCUCUUGUGUUGAAGAAGUAUCUCACAGGCGGGUUUCUCGGCCAUGCCAUGGACGGGUCACAGAUCCGUGUGGAGCUGUUCGGACGUCUGGACAUCAAAGGGAUCAUGUGUUCUGUCCGUAAGUCAGAUCUUGAAAAGACCAAAAUUGUACAGUGCGAGAUGACGGUCAAGGAUCUGAAGGAGAGAUCCCUAUUGGCAGGGAAGAGAGUAGACGGGUUAACCGUUAUAUUUGACAUGGAGGGUGUUAGUACAAAGAUGUUGUGGAGGCCAGGUAUGCAGAUGUACUUACACCUGGUGAAACUGCUGGAAGAUAACUACCCGGAAAUGAUGAGGCGACUGUUAGUUAUAAACGCCCCCAAGAUAUUUCCUCUGCUGUACAAGCUGGCGAGACCCCUCAUCAGCGACGAUAUGAAGGACAAAAUCCACAUAGCGGGAGGAGAUUAUAAAGAGCUGUUAUUCAAGUACAUUGAUCCUCGCAAUAUACCGGCGUGCUAUGGUGGGACGCUCACAGACCCUGAUGGUAACCCUAGGUGUGUUAAAAGUGUCUGUCAAGGAGGGAACGUUCCAGAGUCGUAUUAUCUACAAAACACACAACUACUUGAACACAUGAAAACGGUCACCAUACCAAAGGGUGACAAACUACAUCUGGAGUACAACGUGGAAAAGCAGGGCUCCCUCCUCAGAUGGGAGUUCCAAACAGACGAUUACGACAUCGGAUUCGGUGUAAGUUAUAAGGAAAAUGGUCAUUUAACACCACUGGUGCCUGUAACACGCGUUAAUAGUCACGUGGUCACCGAGGAUGGCAGUAUCACGUGUGAUAAGCAGGGCGUUUACUGUCUUUGCUUCGACAAUAGCUUCAGCUGGACAAAAGGAAAGCGGGUCAACUUCAUGGCUGAGGUUAUCGCCCCUGAUGACACUCUCAUCAAGUCGGAGAUUAAUGCUCUGAUUGAGAAAGGUGAUUGGCAGUCACUUUCGGAUAAAUUCGAGACAACUCACCUGUGAUCGUGUAUCUCAACAAAAACGAAGACAAUACAUCAAAGCUUUAGAUUCAGUAAACGGGAUGCAGCGUACGUACUAGUCCAUGGUCAGGAGGGUAUUCAUAUUCUUUGUGUUCUACAUAGCUUUUUGAUGAAAGAACAACGCAAAAGGCAUUUGUAUGUUAAGAGUGUAAUAAUUGAAUGAAUUACUGUAGAGCACAAAUUAUCGCUGUAUAUUAUGUUGCAGUAUGUUAAAAGCGGUUAGACAUUCUUGUGAUGUUAAGAGAGAUUCACGCGGUGAGACAUCGGUCAACCUUUGUUAUGGUUCAGGCAUUGAUAUUUUGCUGUCGACCUUGUCCUUGUAGGUCAAUAGUAGAUGUAAUUGUCUACAUCAAGGUCAUUAUCACAGACGUGACCGACCAUUUAUAUAAUGCAUGUGUAUAUCAGAUUUGAUACAAGCCUGUCUAUACGUUUAUUUAGAUAUAUACAACACUCUAUAAUGCAUGUAAGCCAACUAUAGAUGUAUUUAUUUAAAUAACAAUAUUAUUUAUCUGCAAUAUUGAACCACUUUAAAUUAUGUUAUUGUACGAUAUGACUAUUCGUGUGGUGACUUAUCACAGAAACGGAAGGAAUGGUGUACUUUUGUGUGUAUUUAACUGAACUUGAACGUUGACAAUAACAUUGUCUUACAGUUUUUAAUGUAGAUUGUUUAACCAUUAGCUUUUAUUGAUGAUUGUUUGCUAAAGGAUGUUUGUAAGCGUUAAAUUUAUGCUGUUUGUUAUUGACAUAUAAGUUAUAAAUUACCAUUUGCGAAAUGAAAGCAUUUUUAAAAUCGUAAAUCAGAACUCUAUGGAUGGUGUUAACUUUUUAUAAGUAAAAUUAAAUUGCUAAAUGAGCAUCACUUGUUUUAUUUGAAAUAGAAUUUCAGUAGUGGUUAAGAUAUUGGAAUCUAAUGUUUCAAACAACGUUUAAAGAUAAUGCAUCAAUCGAAAUCCUAUUAUCCGUUUAAUGUUACCGUAGAAGUUUUUGUUGUCAUAUAUCUAUCUCCAGCUAAUACAACUAAUAUGUUCGUGUUACAUCGAAAACAUUUAUAGUAUCAAUAAAUGAUGUAUAAUGUUGUUA